UCCUUACUCUCCACCACCACCUCCUGCCUGGAUAUGCCUUGCUAACAACAUCGACUUGUUGGCGUCGUCAACCAAAUUCCUCUCCUUCACAUCCGGUUUCAAGAGCACCUAGUUACAGGCGUCGCUGCGCCUGCGAUUGGCUACGUAAGUUGUAGACACCGUUAGCAUCUGCGGAAUACACGAGAGGCUGCAGUGGGACUAGGUUUCGGUAUAAAGGAUCACUACUCUACGUUUUUUGCUAGCAAUGUUGGAAAACUGGAACUUUCAUGGCUCGCAUUCGCACUUCGCUUCGUCUGCAUCGGGGUCUUCGCUAGGGGGACAGUCGCACCUCAGCAUACUCUCGAGCCCCUCGUCGAUGUCGUCUUCCUUAUCCGAUGUGCAUCCGCCCUCUCAAGCACCGUCCCCAUCCCCUUCUUUCUCGAGCGGCAGGAAGACGAAUGCGUUUUUUGCAUCCCCCUUUUCCGACUUGAGCUCGCCGGAGCCUGUCCCCCCUCCGCCGUUAGCGCGUUCUUCGUCCUUCGUCUCGAGCUCAUCACAGCCGUCGACUCGCGAGCGACCUGACGACGACAACGACAGUACCCCGCGCUUGUCGUCUGCGGCGCCACCCAAGGUCGCCGGGUCCCUCAUGGACACGUUCUUCAGACCCGCGUCAUUCGACUCCCAUCCCACGCCCCCGCCAAGCAUUCACUCUUUGGGGAGUGCACCCACUUCUCCCGAGGCGUCUCCGCCGUCGUCGCCACGGUCCGGCGCGAAGCACCGGCAGCCGCCGCUCUCGCGAAUAUUUCCGUCGCGCGCACGCUACACAGCAGUCGACGCUCUACCUUCCCGGCAGACCUCGCUGCGCACACAUUCGCCUCUGCCGGAUGCACACGCGUUCCCGCCGAACAUCCAGUCUAGCGGCCGCCGGCACUUCGUCGACCUGGAGGAAGAGCCUGUCAUAAGUACCAGUCCCGAGCGUAUGUCUGCGCCGCCACAGCCCCCCGUGCCUGAACCAGAGGAGAAGCCCAGGCCGAAAGCCCUCAACGUGCUGAUCCUGCCGUCCGCCGGAGAGUCCAGCCUGCCAACCCCCGUCUCGAUUGCGCAGGCGACGCCGCCACCCAGUGGUCCCCCGCCCCCUUUGAAACUCGGCGACAUUAUCACUGAAAUAUUUGCGUCCAACGUCGACUCUCACGACGCUGGGGUGCCUGAUGGCACACUGAAGCUCGAGCUUCUGCGUACACUCGGCCAAGGCGCGUUCAGCAGCGUCUGGCUUGCGCGCGACGUCAGUGGGCGGAUUGGCGGUCUCGAAGUCGUACGCAAGAGCAGCCUAAGACGUAGCCUGAGCAAGAGCUCAGCUCGCAGCAGUGGUAGCAUUCGUCGGAAGACGAGAUCGCUGAGGAAGAAGCUCGAGGGAGCGGCGCCGCAGGUUCACUUUGAUAACGGGGGACGCUUCGGCCAUGGUGAACGUCUCGGGAGCGAGGAUAGUCAGAGUGGAUGGUUCAAGGAGGGGGAACACAGAGGUCGCUCGGAAGGCGAGCAGGGGCGGCUGGUUGCGUUGAAGAUGACAGACAGGACGUUGUGCGAUAAGGAUGAUAGGACGCGUGUGAGCUUCAUACGUGAAGUUGAAGUACUUAAGCACAUAUCUCACCCGUCCAUCGUUUCCUACAUCCACGCUUUCAGCACUCCCGCAUAUCACGUCCUUGUGCUGGAGCAUAUACUUGGCGGCGAGCUCUUUGAUCUCGUGUCGACUCCAGAGCUACAUGCACAGCUGGAUGAGCCUCUGCUUCGACGUAUCUUUGGCGAGCUGUGCAGGGCAGUCAGCUGGAUGCACGCGGUGGGACUUGUCCACCGUGACAUUAAGCUUGAAAAUAUCAUGCUUACCCGUCCUGCAUUCUCAGACCCAUCGAACGCCUCCGCCCUCAUCAAGCUCACCGAUUUUGGCCUUUCGAGGUUUAUUGAUCCUGCAACCCCCCUCCUUACAACGCGAUGCGGUUCAGAGUCAUACGCGGCUCCGGAGCUUGUCACUGGUCGUCCGUAUGAUGGGCGUGAUACCGACGCAUGGGCAUGCGGCGUCGUCUUAUAUGCUCUCGCUACACGGAGAUUACCCUUCGACUCUGCAGACACGACACGUGACGACAACAUGCGACACGAGGAACGAGCAGCCCUUCCUGGAGGCGAACAGAGGCGAGUCAGGGGCCCACGGAGAGACGAGCGGGCUGAGCGCAAGGCGCUGCUCAUGCGCAUCGCCAACGGCGAGUACUCCUGGCCCGAAACGUCGCCGAUGACCACCGAACCAUUGCGUGGGACCGCCCUUGCGCAAAGCGAGGGUAUGCGGCGCGUGGUCGGCCGCUUGCUUGUGCGCAACCCGCAAAAGCGCACGCGCCUCGCUCAGUUAUGGGGUGACGAGUGGCUCCAUGGCGAAGGCGCUCCGCCGGUGCCGUCGCUGCCCGAUAGCAUGAGUCCGAGCACUGAAGUCACUCCUGUGCAUGACAACGUGAGCGUCAUUAGCGAUGACACGGUAUCCGAGGCGUCGCCCGACAUCAUCGACCCAGAGGAGGAAUUUUUGGACGAAGAUGAGGACGCCGCAGAUGGCGUCCUUGUUGAUGAACAAGACAUCGGGCCGGACAGCGUUGCUCGGCAAGAACACUGAGGCAUACUUCCUUUUACACCCACAACCUCCGACAUCUAGACGACUCGCAUAUCCAGAGCCUUAUGUUUUCUCCCUUGUGCAUCCUUCCAUAACGUUUGCCCACCAUUAUGCUGUGCUCCCAUGUUGUGUUGUCGCUGUUACCCUGUGCAUCAUCAUCAUUGUCAUCAUCAUUCCACACAUCCUCGCACAUACAUAGUCAUCCAUCUUCAUCACCCAGCGCCACUGUUUCCCCCUCACCUCUUUGUGUUUGUACUAGCCGUACCUUAUUCCGUCGUCUGGAUGGG